CAAACACUCUGCAAAACUCGAAUCGUCGUCGUCAAAAAAAAAAAAAAAAUCAACACUUGAGGUUAUCUCACUUUAUAGAGGAGACAUCAUCGUUUCUUCCUUUUGUUUUUGCAGCCUCCUCCGAUUGGCAGUUUCCGUACUGGGGGUUUUAUCCAUGGCCGCUUCUAACCGAAGCACCACCACCACCACCAACUCUUCUCCUUCCACUGGUUCAGACAAGAGUGUUCUCCAACAUCAGAUUUUGCAGGACACGAAUAGCAGCUUUCUUCGCCCUUUGUGUGGUACUACUACUGCUUUUUCUGCUGGUUCUAACACAGACUCAUUUCACAUCGGAGGCUAUGAAAAUGCAGCUGAUACUACUCCAAGGCCGUACCAUUCAAAUACAGAUAUUCUAAGCUUUGAAGAAGUCUAUCCUGUGUGUACAUCAUCUAACAACGGCAUGAUGAGAUAUGACGACAUGUUUUACCAUGGUAACGGUGUACCAUCUGACUUUCACAGGCCAUCUAAUUCUACCAGAUAUCAAUCGUCGCCACAGUACUAUGGUGGUGGUGACCUCUAUGCUGAUGAUGAUGCAAGAAGCUAUUUCGCUCCUUUUCACUCAUCAAACCAACAUUAUCCACUCCCAGAACCUACUCAUGUUUCUUCAGAGUUUCUCAUGUCUCAGUGGAACGAGAUAAACAGUUUAGAGAUUGAUUACAUGAUGCGCUCUACCGGAAAUCUUGGCUUAAGAAAUGGUUAUAAAUUUGGUCUUAAACUCAACCCCUUCACUGGACCAGUGGCAUCAUCCACCAGAAGAAGUAUGAAUCAUCAAUAUCCUAGCUAUCUGGACCAAUCUGCAAAUGAUUUUGAUAUGGGUUCACCACGUCGAUUUGAUUUUGAAGAAUCUGCUGCAAGCUUAAGUUACAGAGAGCAAGUUUACAACCAAUGCAGAAGAGCCUCUUUCUCUGCUUAUUCUUCUUCUUCUUCUCCUAGACCGACUUGGGAUCUUGAUUAUAAUAACCUGUCACCACCACUCGAUGAAUCAAGAAGUGCAAGCUGCAGGGACUUUUACCAUAGCCCCGCUAUGUCUGAUCUGCUUACCGAGAGAAAGAGAGGAGGGCCUAGGGCCUUGAGACCAAACGGUAAAAGCAAAAUGAUCACUGAUGAUCACGCUGGUCGUUUUUGUCAACAAGAUCUGCUGCUCUCCAGGUUCAGGGACGACGCAAAGUUCUUCGUUAUUAAGUCGUAUAGCGAGGAUAAUGUCUACAAGAGCAUGAAGUACUGUGUUUGGGCGAGCACUAAAAACGGAAACAAGAAGCUGGAUGCUGCCUAUCGUGAAGCCAAGACUAAAAAAGUGGCGUGCCCAGUCUUUCUUUUGUUCUCGGUGAAUGCAAGUGCACAGUUUUGUGGAGUGGCUGAGAUGGUUGGACCGGUUGAUUUCGAGACAAGUGUGGAGUACUGGCAACAGGAUAGAUGGUCAGGACACUUCCCGGUCAAAUGGCUGAUCGUUAAAGAUGUUCCCAACAGUCUCUUUCGCCACAUCAUAAUUGAAGACAAUGACAAUAAGCCUGUCACUAACAGUAGAGACACCCAAGAGGUGGGGCUGGAACAAGGCAGAGAGAUGUUAAAUAUAUUCGAUAGCUGUGAGAUGCGUUCUUCGAUCCUCGACGACUUUAGCUUCUAUGAAGAGAGGCAGAGAGCUAUACAAGACAGAAAAGCCAGACAACAACGUGCUGUUCUUGAAAAUCUCAGAGCCUCUGGUCCAGCAGCACAUCACACAAGUUCUCUCCAUGAAGACUAUGUAAGGGAAAUGACCAAGAGCUUUGCAGAAGCUUUGGUCUUGCAACAAAAACUCAAUUAAAUUUUAACUUAAAAGACCUCUCUUCUUCUUUUGGGGAAUUUGUAUUUGAAGAGGAUUAAAAUUGUGGUUUUUAUACUCUUGAUUUUGUACUAUUGACGACA